AGAAGGAAGAACCAAAACCAAAACAAAAACAAAACAAAACGUUUUUUUGCUGAGAAAUCACGGCUGAAUCUUCUUCUAACUAAACUAACUAAACUAAAGUUAGAUUUGCUUUGUUCGUCCAACUGUUGCUUAUCGGCUGCUGUAAUCGGAAUUCAAGAUCGCGAAGAAGAUUCGGUUCAAAGUGCACCAACCAAGUGUAAAAAUUCCGGAACAGACUCAGCUGCGGGAGCGGCUGAUGUGUUUGCGUUGCACGUCAAGCCCCAAUUUUUGUGAAAGGGUGUUGAUCCCCCAACAAGGCCCCACUCCCAGCUGCUGUGAACAGCUGUGAGGCGAUGAGACCGUAGACUUUAUCGCGCAAACCUUCCACCAACUUUACUGCGUGAUCUCUGUAUGACUCAUCGCAGAGUCUUCCGGCCAGCUAGUAUCCACCGUGGACUUGGUUGGUGAGAAAGCACGGGAAUGAUUGCACAGAAUAACGUCCGCAGCACAAACAACGAUCCGGUGGAAUCAUCAGAAUCGUCACCGAUUACGGGAUCCGCGGGAUCGGGUGCCGGAGCCUCGCGACUGUUUCGACAUUUUGGAAGUCUCUUUUCACCGCCCGCCCCCAGCACCGAUCCGGCAGGAUAUGUCGAGUUCGGUAGUAUAUCGGACCCCUCGGCCAGUUCUGGCCGCACGUUGGGCACGUUUGCGGGCGUCUUUUGUCCCGUGGCACUGUCCAUGUUCAGCGCAUUGGUCUUCAUUCGCGUUGGUUUUAUCGUGGGCAACGCUGGCCUGUACGUGACGCUGCUUCAGUUUCUCAUCGCUUAUGUCAUUCUGCUAUUUACGGUCUCCUCUGUCUGCGCGAUCUCCACCAAUGGUGCUGUGGAGGGCGGAGGCGUAUAUUUCAUGAUAAGCCGAACUCUUGGCCCAGAGUUCGGAGGAUCGAUCGGCACGCUCUUCUUUCUGGCAAAUAUAGUUGGCUGUGGUUUGGCCAUAUCGGGAUGCGCAGAAGGUAUCAUACAGUCGUUUGGACCAACGGGCGAUGCUGGCACCAGUGGCUCGAUACCGGAUGGACGAUGGUGGCGCUUUCUCUACUGCAGCUCAAUCAACACGCUCAUGCUGAUAGUGGUGCUGAUAGGGGCAGAAAUGUUCGCCAAAACGUCUGUGGUUAUCCUCGGAGUCGUGGUUGUGUGUUUGCUCUCAACCUACGUUAGUUUCCUAACACAGGGCCCGAUAGACGUGCCGCUACCGCAUGAGAAUCAUCUCGUCAACUUCACCUCGGCCUGGUAUACUGGCCUACAGGCCGAUACAUUAUGGGCAAACCUGUACAGCAACUACACCAAAGAUUACACCUCGAACGGAAAUCAGGUGAAUUUCGCUGUCGUGUUUGGUGUCCUGUUUUCUGGCGUCACGGGCAUCAUGGCGGGCGCUAACAUGUCUGGCGAACUGAAGAAUCCGUCCAAGAGCAUUCCUGCUGGCACGUUGUCGGCGGUACUGUUCACUUUCCUCUGCUAUAUGGCACUAGCCGUCCUGAUGGCGGCUACCACGACUAACACGUUGCUGCAAAACAAUUUCCUCUUUCUGGCACCCAUUAAUCUGUGGCCAAGCUUUGUGACGAUCGGUAUCCUUACUGCAACCUUUUCGACAGGCUUAAGCAACCUGAUUGGUGCCAGCCGUGUGAUGGAGGCACUAGCCAAGGAUCGCGUAUUUGGACCUCUGAUGAGCUUUGUCGUUAAAGGCACAUAUAAAGCAAACCCAAUCGCAGCGGUGAUCGCAAGCUGGGUUUUGGUGGAAGCAAUUCUAUUGAUUGGCUCACUGAACACCAUCGCCCAAAUCAAUUCGGUGCUUUUCAUGCUUGCAUAUCUCGCCACGAACCUGGCUUGCCUGGGUAUCGAAAUCACGGGGGCACCGAAUUUUCGUCCAACGUACAAAUAUUUCACCUGGCAUACGGCAUUCAUCGGUCUGCUAGGUACCGGUAUAAUGAUGUUUGUGAUCAACUCCAUCUACGCGCUGUCCAGCAUUAUACUGUGCAUGUUUCUCGUGAUUGCUUUGCACUUGUUUUCGCCUGCCUCACAGGGGGCGCAGUGGGGUUCGAUAUCUCAGGCCCUUAUGUUCCAUCAGGUACGCAAGUACUUGCUGAUGCUGGACUCCCGGAAGGAUCACGUCAAGUUUUGGCGUCCGCAGAUGUUACUGCUUGUUUCAAGUCCCCGCUCCUGCUGUCCGUUAAUACAUUUCGUAAACGACAUGAAGAAGGGAGGCCUGUACGUGAUUGGGCACGUGAAGGUGGGUGAAUUCGCUGAUAACGACUCAUCGAGUGAUCCAACUAUAGAAGAGUACACGCAGUGGCUUUCACUGGUCGAUCAUAUGAAGGUGAAAGCGUUCGUAGAGCUGACGCUCUCUAGAACCGUUCGUGAAGGUAUACAGCAUCUCAUUCGAAUUGCCGGGAUGGGUGCAAUGAAGCCCAACACCACGAUCCUUGGUUUCUACGAUGAGGAACAAUCAAGGGACUUUUUUGAAUUCGAGGAAUCACCGUACAGAACCAACGAGUUCGAUGGUAAUGGGGUCAAGUUGUUCCCGUACCGCAAGAGCGGAGAAACGAAGGCUUUGGAAGCCAUGGAGUAUGUGCGUAUCAUUGACGAUGUUUUGCGAAUGAAAAAAAAUCUCUGCCUGUGCCGACAUUUUCAUCGGCUGGAUAAACAAAUGAUAGCACGUAACAACCACAUUCGCUACAUCGAUGUUUGGCCGGUUAACAUCUUCGAUCCAAAGAACGAAGAUCCAUUUGAUGUUGUAUCGCAGUUCAUGAUGCAGCUCGCAUGUAUUAUUAAUAUGCUGCCGGUUUGGAAAAAACUGGAACUGCGCGUUUUCCUGUGCGAAUCGGAGACUGUUCCGGAGAAUAGCACCUCUUUUGAUCGCCCGGCUGAGCACAGAUUGGACCAACGUUUGAAACUGUUGAGAAUCUCGGCCACCAUCCAUAAGAUUGCCGAUUGGAAUAAGGAUAUUGAUUUUGCCAAGCAUCGUAAUAUUCUUAAACAAUUCACCGGCAAAACGGAUAGCAACCAAGUGAUGGCAGAGGAGAAUAUCAAUCGCUCGAAAUUGUACAUGCAAAGAAUUAAUCAAAUUAUACGCGACAAGUCAAACGCAACGGCUGUGACUUUUAUGUAUCUUCCAACUCCACCGGCUUCAGCAUCGGUUGAUUAUACCCAAAAGUGUCACCAUUAUCUGGACCUGCUAACCGAACUCACGUUUGAUCUUCCGCCCACAAUACUGGUGCAUGGCAUAGAUGAUGUCACAUCUACCACUCUGUAGGCGGAUGAACGGCCCUUCUGAAUGUGCAUUAACUGUUUCUUAACAUGCAAAUAGUUGUAAGAAAUAGCCGUGUUGGUUUACACAAUCGGCUCUCCACUAGGUGGAAAUGAUAUCGUAGUAUCGGGCUCAAACGCCACCGAUGAACAGAAGAUGUAAACAUUCUUACAAUUUAGGAAAAAAAACGUAUGGGUAUUCUUUUACCAGUUACGCAAUGAGUUUAUGAUAUUGUUUAGCUCAUUUUAAAUGAUAUUUAUCCAUCCACCGUAUCAUAAUGAAACCGAUGUAAUUCCAAUCAAACUAUUGUUAGAAGUUGGGGCAAACGUUCCUUUCAAAUGGUACUCUCAUGAUUUACAGCAACAUGCGUUAAGCUAUAAUUAUCCUCACCGAUUGUGUUUCUUUUCGUGAAUUAUGUUCUUCUCGUACGUUUAGUAUUAUGCCGAGCGCGUAGGAAUUAUACAAAUAAUCGGCUGAUGUACGGUUUAACCUCUCAGUGCUUUUCACCCCCGUGUAUACUACUAGAGAAAUGAGAAAAACAAUAAAUGUACACUAAUAUAGUA